UGGGCUUGGGAUAGUUAAGUGGUCUAAAGAAACUGACAGCUCCAUAGAACAUCGAUAGGACAGUCAUGAUAAGGGUCAUCUUGAACUUUGAAAUUGGUUCCCACUAAUCUUGAAAUGCUAAAAAAAAAUACCUGUACUUGAUCUUUGGGCGGGAUAUUCAUUUCUGAUCAUGUGGGCGGGACAUGCAUUUCUGAUAGUGUAGUUUGUGAAUUUGAUGUAAGAAUAGUCUCCACUAGUUUUGAAAUUCUAUUAAUUGCUUCUUCAGGGAAAUCUUCAAUUGAAAGAUUUUGAUAUAAAAAAAGCAGCAGGUGGGGUCUCUAGGAGAGCCGUUCAGAGGACUUUCCAGACUACUGUAACUGAAAAUUUCCUCGAAAUCCAUCUCUUUUGGGCCGUGAAAGGGACUUGCUGUACACCUAAUCAAGGUACUUUUGGUCCGUCCAUUUCGGCCAUCAGUGUCACUCCAGGUAAUAUAUCCAGGACUGAAUAUUAGAAUUAAAUUCUGCAAAUUUCUAACUGUUUGAUACUAACAGAUGAAUAUACAUAUCCUUUUUCUUUUUUCUUUUCUUCUUUUUUUUUUUUUUUUAAUUUAGAUUUCAUACCGACUGUUACAAGUCCGCCAGGUUGGGGAAAGAAAAGCAAGACUAGUUUGAUCAUUGGGAUUGUAGUUGGUGUUGGCGCUCUAAGCUUUAUACCCAUUUUCGCAGUUUUUAUCUGGAGAUGCAGGAGAAGGGGUAUUGAUGAAGAUGAAGAGUGUCUAAUCAUGGCUGCCAAAGCAAACAAUUUCAGUUAUUCUGAACUAAGGGCUACAACAGAGGACUUCCGUCUGGCAAAUAAGUUGGGAGAGGGAGGAUUUGGGCCCGUUUAUAAGUAUGAAAGCAAUGCGUGGUUCGUGAGGUGGUCAACCAUGUGCAGUAAGCUUUCGGAUCAAAGCGAAGCUGAGAAUAGAGUGUUAGUUGAUGAAAAUUUGAUAACCAGUAAAGGCACAUCCAUGGAGUUGUCGCUUGCGAUUGUUGAGAAGCUAUUUGGCUGCGAGAAGGCAUUAGAUCUUACUGUCAAUGAGAACUUUAAAUAGACAUAUAACUAUUAUGUUGGUAUUGU